AGUUUUAUCUGAAUUCAAGAUUGUGAACUUUAAAUUAUACCCUAUAAGAAUCAAGAGUAAAAUGCUGAAUAUCAACGAAAGCUUAGUACAUGCGUAACUUUGAUUGGCUGUCUUGAAGAAUGUGACUAGACAGCAAAAAAAAUGAUCUGAAAAACAAACAUGGUUGAAUUUCGGCUGCAGUUGUAUUGAUUUUAUGCAUUGGCUUGACUAUCAAUCAUGGAGUAGUGAUUCCUCAACUAUCCUUGCUGACAAAGUUUCAUAAAUCCAUUCCACAAUAGCAACUAUGAGACAUCUCACUUUGCCCGAUCAAGGAUGGUCAUGGGUAGUUCUUGUAAGCUCUUUCGGAUCUCACUGCAUCCAUGGUUUCUUUCUGACAGCGGUUGGAGUGCUGCAACUGUCGUUACUAGACCACUAUAGGGAAAAUGUAUUAAAAACAUCAUGGGCACUUUCAAUUUUCUUAGGAUUGUAUUCCACAGCAGGACCACUUGCAAGUCUGAUAGCCAAUCAAUGGAGUACUCGUGUUUCAAUGAUAACUGGAGGACUCAUCGUAUCUAUAGGCCAUGUUUUGACUGCCUUCAUGCCAAACAUUAUGUUUGUUUUCUUCACACUAGGGAUUAUAGGCGGUGUAGGAAUGGGAAUGUGCUACACGACAUCUGUAGUUAUUGUUGGAUACAACUUUGAAAAGAAAAGAAACUUUGCAAGUGGCGUAGCAGUAUCGGGUAUUGGAAUCGGUGCUUUUGCAUUAGCGCCAAUGAUGCAAGUUGUUAGUGACUAUUUUGGUUAUCAUGGAUUGUGGCUAAUCUGCGGUGGUCUCACGUUGCAAUUUUGCGUGUUUGGAGCUUUGUUUUUCCCAUCGAAACUUGAAAACGAACGAAAGAAAAAGACAGAAGAGGAUUCACGGACAAAACAUGGCAUUAUAGGGUUUUCGGAUACAUUAAAAUGGGUCAGAGAACAAUGCAGUGCAUUAUUUUCAAUUUCACUUGUGAAUGUAUACUUGUCCAUGUUUCUUUGUAAUUUAGGAAUUUAUCUCAUAUAUCUUCAUUUUGCAAGUUAUGUGACUUCUGUUGGAUUCAGCAAGUUGGAUGCCGCUUUUCUUCUGUCUGUUUCGGGAAUUUGUAAUUGUUUUUCUCGGAUCUUAAUAGGAUCAGCUGCCAAUGCCAGCAAUAUGGAUGAAUUUGUAUUAUAUGCAGGGACUUUCAGUCUGACAGGAUUUACUACUGCGUUAUUUCCUUUGUAUGGAAAAACAUAUGGUGGCCAAAUCUUCUAUAUGAUAACACUAGGAUUGUAUAAUGGUUGUUGCUAUUCAUUGCUGAAUUCUAUUUGUGUAAUUCUAGCAGGGGUAAAAAAUCUAGCUAUGGUUUAUGGUAUCACUAUGCUUUUUACUGGAGUUGGUACUUUUCUCGGACCUUUGUUAGGAGGAUGCAUUGUCAAUUUUGGAGGAACCUAUGGCCAGUCUAUUACAGUAGCAGGCAUUUCAAUUCUAAUUGGCUCAAUUUUUGCAUGGGCCUCUGGAGUUGGUGAUCGGCUAGGAAUUCAAAUAAAACACAACGAAGAGACAAUUGUGUACGACGAUCGUGAAAAUAAGUGUUUCGAAGAACAACUUAUAAAUGAGGACCAAAGCAUCACAAAAAACAAACAAGUUAGUAGUAAAUCAGAAACGAGGAGCUGCAAUGAAAUUUCCUCAGUCAAAAAGGUCAAGGACUAUACUUACUUGGAAGAGAGUCCUUUGAUAUCAUGUGCCAGUGGAGGUGUUGAUAUACAAGGAAAUAAACAAAGUUAAUAACUAGUACCGAAACAAAUAACACUUCAACACAUCCAAUAUAAUGACAUACAUACAUUGUUAUACAUACUUUAGAAGUUUCAUUGCAUUUGUUAAAAAUAAUUGGAGAUGAAUAUAGAAUUCACAAUAAAUAAGAAG